AUGUCCGAAGAGAGACGAAGUAGCCAAAUAUUUACGGGUGCCCGAGUACUAGGUUAUGUUAGUACACAUGUUCCUUUUGUAGCUCGUUUUAUUAAAAGACGGGGUGAAACAUUGCUAUGUACUAGUGUAGGAAAGUGGUUUCAUACUUAUGGCUGUGAUAAAUUUCGCCUCUUGAGUGUCAGUGGUGAACAUCCAGGUCCCAUCACAUGCAUGACUGGUGAUAGUUUUCAUGUAUACACAGCCAGCGAAAACGAUAUAUACGCAUGGAGACGAGGCUGCGAGCUAAAGCACGUUUACAAGGGACACCAGGCACCAAUACACCAGCUAUUACCCUUUGGAGUUCAUCUCAUAUCAAUAGACAAAGAUAAUGUCCUUAAAAUAUUUGAUAUUAAAGAGGGAUCAGAAUUUCUCGAUCUCAAGUUUGAUGAAACACAUUUUAAAAUUACAACCUUAUGUCAUCCACCCACUUAUCUUAAUAAAAUAUUACUCGGCAGUAAACAGGGCCAACUACAGAUAUGGAAUAUUAGAACUUCAAAAUUGGUGUAUACAUUUAAAGGGUGGGACUCACCUGUGACAGUUACAGAAGCUGCUCCAGCGAUUGAUGUUGUAGCAAUAGCUUUGGCUAAUGGAAAAAUCAUUCUUCAUAAUCUCCGUUAUGAUCAAGAGGUAAUGGAGUUUAUUCAUGAUUGGGGCAGAGUUAGUUGUUUGUCGUUUAGAAUGGACGGAGUACCAAUAAUGGUAACAGGAAGUACACAGGGACAUUUGGUUAUGUGGGAUUUAGAAGAGAAAAGAGUGAAGUCGCAGAUACAAUCAGCCCAUUUUGCAAAAAUAGCUGGCUUACAAUGUUUAAAUUCAGAACCAUUAAUGGUUACCAAUUCUCAGGAUAAUUCAUUGAAAAUGUGGAUAUUUGAUAUGCCAGAUGGAGGGGCUAGACUGUUGAAGAAAAGGGAAGGUCAUGCUCUACCUCCGACGAUAGUGCGCUACUGUGAGCCAACUGGUGGAAAUAUUCUUGCAGCGGGCAGUGAUAGCAGUCUUCACAUUAUGAACACAGUAACAGAAACUUUCAAUAAAAGCAUGGGUAAAGCCUCAUACAACAGGAAAGCAUCCAAAAAGAAAAAAAGAUAUCAGAUAGAUACAAAAAUUCUUCCACAAAUAACAAAUAUAAGCUCAUGUAUGCAAAGGGAUAAGCAAUGGGACAGUAUUGCAACAUUGCAUGAGGGAAAGUACUUAGCUACUACUUGGUCAUAUAAUAGAAUGUGUAUGGGAACACAUAAAUUAAAGCCACCAGAUAUGGAAAAAAGCACUUUGUCAACCUGUUUGACGGUAACACACUGUGGUAAUUUUGUUAUUAUUGGUUACAGUAAUGGACAAGUGCAUAAAUUUAAUAUGCAGUCAGGUCUUUACCGAGGUCAUUAUGGCAAAGAAAACAAACAGGCCCACAAAGGGGCAAUAAGAGGCGUAGAAACAGAUAUUUGUAAUCAAAGGCUCAUUACUGUUGGUGCUGACGAUAAACUUAAAUUCUGGCAUUUUAAAACUGCCACCACACCAUAUCACGUGUUGAGAUUGGAUGAAUCUGUGAGUAUGACAAAAUGCCACAGGGAAAGUGGUUUGCUUGCGUUAGCAAAUGAAGAUUUUACUAUUACACUGGUUGAUAUAGACACAAUGAGAGUUGUGAGAAAGUUUGAGGGUCAUGUCGGUAAAAUAAAUGACAUUGAUUUUGAUUGUCAAAGCAGAUGGUUGGUAUCAUCAUCUAUGGAUUGUACAAUUUGUACUUGGGAUAUACCGACUUCACAACUGGUUGAUAUUUUUUCUGUUGAACAGCCAUGUACAUCUCUAACUAUGUCACCAACUGGUGAUUAUUUGGCAACGUCCCAUGUGGGUGAGCUUGGAGUCUGUCUUUGGGCCAACAGAUUGUUGUAUAGCAAAGUCUUCCUCAAGCCAGUUGAUAAAAAUGAUGUGCCGCGAUUGAAACUACCAACUACUGCAGCUGAGAAACCUGACAUAGAUGAUAUAGGAACAAUAGAUUUGGGCGAUGAAGAAUAUAAAUCACCCGAACAAAUCAGCGAGGAACUAUUGACAUUAUCCGGCCAGCCUACAUCAAGAUGGCUGAAUUUACUCAAUUUGGACGUAAUAAAACGUAGGAAUAAACCCAAAACACCAUUGACGGUUCCAAAAUCGGCGCCAUUCUUCCUCCCUACAAUCCCAAGUCUUGAUCUUGAAUUCGAUUUGGAAAAGGAAAAGGAGAGAAACACGAAAAAGUUGCUCAUGCCGGAUACUUUGUCAACUUUAACGCCAUUCGCAAAAAAGUUGAAUUCAUGUGAACACGAAAAGGAUUAUAAGGAAUGUCUGGAGAAAUUAAAGCUCAUGUCGGCGUCAGCGAUCGAAGUUGAAGUAACCAGUAUGGCGCCUGACGCUGGCGGUUCUAUAGAAGUUAUGAAAAAAUUCCUUAUAAUGUUAGAUAUUUUAAUAAGGAGCAAUCGAGACUUCGAAUUGGCGCAAUCAUAUUUGAGUAUAUUUUUGAAGAUGCACACUAAACUUAUCGCGCAGGAGGACGAAUUGAUGAAACCUUUGGAAUCUGUCGAAGAAUCAGCGACUCGUGCUUGGUCCAGAUUACAGAACCAUUUGAUGUAUAACAUAUGUGUCGUUAAAGCAUUAAAGGAUAUUUAA